GACGGCUCGGGCCACGUUGUGCACAUGGACGUGAUCCACGACGAGGACGCCAAACUCAUUAUGGCAAUCAUUGGAGAUGUAUCCCAACAAGCGAACGGGAUACAGACGGUUAACCUUCACGACUACAACACGGGUGAAACGAAUGAGGUCCACUAUCACAAAUUAAGCCUACACCCUAAUCCAUUGAUCCACUCCUCCGUGGAAAGAAUUGCGGGUCUCAAAAUCGCUUCCUUUUGCUAUGACUACACUACGUUCUAUGCUGACGUCACACCAACCGACCCGAAGUUCCACGGCCAACUGUCAAAUGGUAGACCGGUCACCAACAUACGAUUGCAGAUGGCCUGCUGGACUUGACAUGGCCGACCUUGUCAUAGAGGGCGGGAGAAUUGUCGCCUACCAGAUCCAAUGGUUCAACGGAGGUUGGUCGAAAUGGUAUGUCCCCGGUUUGAACGAUAUCGACACGAAAUUCAACAUAAACGCAAAGAAGUGUAGUAUGUCCUACUUGGCGAAUAGUAUGAGGCAUAUGUGGUCCUACUUCUACGACCAUACCCACAAGUACCUCGUCUGCAGACCCAACUAAGCUGUCGAGAAAGCUUCGAUUUGAAAAACAAAAACCUACUUGCAAAGGAGCAACGCCUAAUUUCUGGAACAAUCUUAUUAAUUCAUUACAUUUGUUUUCCGCAUAAAAAGGGACAAAACGUUUAUUAUCUGUAUAUCUAAAUAUUGUCAAUAAUACAUGAGUUCAAUCUAUUUGAACCACCACAAGCAUGAAUGGGUCGUAUAGAAUAUAUAACGUAAGCUGUGCUUCACAUGGCGAGAUGUGUAUUAAAUGCAAUGGGUUCGCUUCAGGUAGUCUACAUUUCUUAAUUGCAAAAUAAUACAUUUUAAAAUUUAUAAGAUGCGUAAAUCCCAUUCCUGCUGGUUUGCGGUUCAUUUCAUAUUUUUGGUAGUUUAAAAAAAUUAUCUACCAUUGUUACGAUGUUUUCAAAUGAAUACUUAACAUCUUAUGACAGACACUAUGUUUACCAUUUUUUGAGUUAACCUCCUUAUUUCUGCACACAUAUUAAGUGUUAACUUACAUGUAAUCAAUACUUAAACUUCAGCAGUAAAUGUUUUAACACCGAUAUACAUACUUGUAUAUAAUGUUUAAAUACUAGAAAAGCUCAUAAUAAUUGCAUUAUUGUCUAACCAUUGAAAUGUUAAAAUAAAACAUUAUCUUUAUAAUAAUAUUGGUAAAAUAUGUAUUAUCAA